CAGGUAGACGCCUCCUUCAUUAUAAGAAGCAGAAGAUGAUUGCAACAUUUCCUGAUAGAAAGGAGAAGUGAUGAGAGGACGAAGAGAAGACCAUGGAGAAGGCAGCACUCACACUCAUUCUCAUACUGGGGCCCGGCCUGACACACGGCUGCACACUUCUGCCUGUUUCCCAGACACCUCCAGUUCUGGUUACAUUUUCGGGGACAGUGGUGACGCUGUCAUGUGAAGUCAGAAUAAAGGAGGGAGAUAGAGAAGAUUUGUCCUCCACGCUGCACCGCGCCGGACGCCCCAAUGUAACGAUCAGCAGCCGAACCGACCCAGCCAGGAACACGACGCUCAACUUUAAUGUGACAGUCACAGAGAGGGACACAUAUUACUGCAGGGUGACCUGUGGGGCGAGCCGCAUGAAUGGAACUGGGACCUACAUACAUGUACGAGAUUCGGGUUAUGUGGCCCCGUCGGGCUCUUCUUACAGACUGUGCUCUGGGCUGAUCGCACUUUGUGUCCUUCUCCUGAUUCCAGCUGCAUCCGGGACGUAUCUGGUGCGGCCAUUCUGGAAGACAGAGGUACAACCUCCAGCAGAGACCCCGGCAGUCAUGGAGUCAUCACCGCAGGCGGUGGAGGAUGCGGGCGGCUCCUUGUACGCGAGCCUGGAACCGAGGAGCGAAGAAGUCUACAACAUCCUGGAAGACGAACGCAAGACCAAGGGCCCGGGGGGCCCCAAGAAUCACCAAGUGGAAAUCCAUGAUGUCGCCUCCAGGAGCCCAAUGAGGAAACCAGAGCGCCAGGUGAAGGAAAAUCCCCCAGUCCAUCCGAAACCAAAGAAGAACGUCUCAGAAAACAACUUGUACGAGAACUUCUGAUGGAUGACAUACAGAUGGGGCUCCAGAAUCUCUGCUUGCAGUCAGUGAAUGGCAGAUUUUAACCUUUUAUGGGGUAGCAUGGGGGGUGUUGUUGGGACAAAUAAUACCCUUGAGACCUCCAUAGUGCCCCACAGUUACGUAGCUUUCUCUGCGCCCCAUCUGUAUGUCAUCUGCCGUGGCAAAACACCUGGGACACGACCCCCCGGUGACCUGUUCUGCCAACUCCGCUGCGAGGGUCACACAGAAGACAAAUAAUGAAACAGAAGUGCGCCAUGUACCCCCACCUCUGUGCCCUGCACGGUGCCCGCUCAGAUGGGGGAAAUGUGCAGCCGCCUCCUGAAUGAGCUUUAUGGCUUCAAAAUAAAAAAAACUCCUAUAAGUGACUCUUCUAUAGUGUAAGAGAUAUAUAUAUAUGUGUAUUAGGAACGUUAUACUCUGCGGACAUUGUAUGAAGCCAAAUAUAAAAAU